AUGAAUCUCCAUUCAUCUCUCUCAAUUUUCUCUCUCAUCAUACUUAAAAAGUUGCCAUUUCUCUCUCUCUCCAUCUUUAGAAAUUCUGCCAUUUCUUCUCAUAUUUCUUCUCUUUCAUUCUCUCUCAAAAUUUCUCUCUUUUUUUUCUCUCUCCAUCUUUCUCUGCCAUAUUCUCUCUCUCUCCAUCUUCUCUCUGCCAUUUUCUCUCUAAAUCCAUCUUCUCUCUGCCAUUUCUCUCUCUCCAAUUUAUCCCCAUUUUCUUUCUCUCUCUCUCUCCAUCUUCUCUCUGCCAUUUUCUCUCUCUCCAUCUUCUCUCUGCCAUUUCUCUCUCUCUCCAUCUUCUCUCUGCCAUUUCUCUCUCUAUAUCAAUCAUCUUCUCUUUUCUCAUUUUAUCUCUCAUAUAUCUUUCUCUAUGAAUCAUUUCUCUCUCUCUCUCCAUCUUUUUCUGCCAUUUUCUCUCUCUCCAUCUUUUCUCUGCCAUUUCUCUCUCUCACCAUCUUCUCUCUGCCAUUUUCUCUCUCUCUCAGAAAAUGUUUCUGUUUCUUUGAUUUCUCUCUAAGCCUCUCUCCAUACUUCUUUCAUUUCUCUCUAAGCCUCUCUCCAUACUUCUUUCAUUUCCCUCUAAGCCUCUCUCCAUACUUCUUUCAUUUCCCUCUAAGCCUCUCUCCAUAUUCUUUGGAAAAACCUGAAAAACUUCUCUCUUUUGCCUCUUUCUUUCCAUAUUUCUCUUUCAAAAUUUUUUUUCCAUACUUUCUCUUUUCCCUCUUUCUUUCCAAACUUCUCUUUUUCCCUCUUUCUUUCCAUACUUCUCUCUUUUCCCCUUUUCUUUCCAUAAUUUCUUUUUUUAAUCUUUUCUUUCCAUUUUUCUCUUUCCUUCUUUCUUUCCAAUCAUUUCUCUCUUUUCCCUCUUUCUUUCCAUACUUCUCUCUUUUCCCUCUUUCUUUCCAUACUUCUCUCUUUCUCGUUUCUCCUUUGCCUCUCUUUCUCCUUGCCUCUUUCUUUUCAUACUUCUCUCUUCUUUUUCAUAAUUUCUGUCUGUCCAAUUGUCUGUCUGGUUUUAAAUACUUUCCAAAUUCUUGCUGUUUUUCCCCAUUUUCUCUCUUUUCCCAUCUUUAUGUUUCUAUCUUGACUUUCUGA